CCGGGCUCUGCUGAUACAUAGACCGAGCACCGCCCACCCCGGCUUUCAGUCCUGUUUGUGAGGCAGGAAAACUUCCUGAAUGACAGAAAGCACAACAAGACAGGGUCCGCAUCUCUUCCCGUUCUGUUGGUCUCGAUGAGUGAUUGAAGGCGCUGAAACUGGCAUUAGUGGACAAGCACACAAACAAAGGGUCAUUGAUCGGUCAAGGAUGACCAUGGAAGACAUGAAGAAUGAAGCCGACGCUGCCUCAACAGUUUCGAUGGCUCUCUACAGUGUCAUGUAUCCCGUCUUUGACCAGCUGGAGAGCAUCAACUCAACGGCGGCACAGACCUUGAGAGAAGCUUUUAUAAAGGCUGAGAGGGAGAACCCAGGACUGACCCAGGACAUCGUCAUUAAGAUACUGGAGAAGAAAAAAUUAAGGAUCAACUACAAUGAGUGUUUGCUUCGGAUGGCUGGAGAUGACGUGGAAGACUUCAUGAUUGACAGGCAAGAGCCCGAGUUCCAGGAGCUAAACGAAAGGGCCCGAGCUCUGAAACACAUCCUCAGCACCAUACCAGACGAGAUCAAUGACAGAGUGGGUUUCCUGCAGACCAUCAAAGACAUCGCCAGUGCCAUCAAGGAGCUGCUCGACACAGUAAACACCGUCUUCAGGAAAUACCAGUAUCGAAACAGACGGGCUCUGGAACGGCAGAAGAAAGAGUUUGUGAAAUACUCCAAGAGCUUCAGUGACACGCUCAAAACGUACUUCAAAGAUGGAAAAGCGAUAAACGUGUUUGUCAGCGCCAACCGGCUCACUCACCAAACCAACAUGAUCCUGCAGGCCUUCAAGACGGUGGUGUAGCAGCUGGAGAGGACGUUUUGAUUAGAGAAGCGGUGAUGUGAGGCUUUGUAAUUUGUAAAGACAUUUUAUUAUUUUGGCUGUAUAAUUUAUAAUUCUGUGGCUUUGAGGGGAGAUCAGCUAGUCUGAGGUUCAAAGCAAAUCAGGUUGACAGUAAUUGCUGGGGAUUUUUACCUCUCUUUUAUGUGGUUCUUUUAUCAGAUUCUUAAGUCGAUAUUCCUUCCUUCUUUUAUAUAUUUCCCUCUUUUUUCAGCACUGUGCAGCUCUGAAAAACUGAGAAAAAUGUGAUUAUUUCCCAUGUCCUUAAAAGUUUGCAGAUUGCACAGAUCUGGAGGAAAUGUAGUGAAAAGAAUUUUUAUUAAGUUUUAAAAUGCAUUCCUUUUUUAUUCUUUUUUUUUUGUAAAAUAUCAUCUAGACCUGUAAGGUAUCAGACAUUUGGGGUUAAUAUCCUCACUCUAUCAGAAUCCAUCAUAUUCAUUGUGGAUCAGAUAAGUUUCAACCUCAUGUAGAAACCAAGGUGUGCAGUAACGCUGAUGCAUUAGAAGUAGAGGCUGUGUUCACUGUCUGCUUUCUUUAUCCUGUCUGCUUCACCACAUGCAUCAUAAACACGACACUAAAGUGAGCAGUAA